GGAACUUAAAUGUUGAUCGGUCGGCCAUCUGCUGAUGUUGCAGCCAAAGCCACGUCAUAUUUUGUAUGCUUUGUGACUUAGGUGUGUGAAGUAUUUCUCGAUUCUCUUAUAAAAAAUUACUUUUCAGUAAACGAAAACAUGAACAUAUUUAGACUCUUAGGUGACUUAUCACAUCUUCUUGCAAUUAUCAUUCUUCUUCUAAAAAUAUGGAAAACACGAAGCUGUGCCGGUAUAAGUGGCAAAUCGCAAAUUUUAUUUGCGAUUGUAUAUACAACACGUUACCUAGAUUUGGUAACAACAUACAUUUCAGCAUACAAUACAUUUAUGAAAAUCAUUUUUAUUGUAACUUCUUAUGUUACAGUUUUUUUAAUGUAUGUAAAAUUUAAAGCUACAUAUGAUCAUAAUCAUGAUACAUUUAGAAUUGAAUUUUUAAUUCUACCUGCAUCGGUGUUGGCAUUAUUAAUCAACAAUGAGUUUACAGUUAUAGAAGUUCUAUGGACAUUUAGUAUUUAUUUGGAGUCUGUAGCAAUAUUGCCACAAUUAUUUUUGGUAUCAAAAACAGGAGAAGCAGAAAGUAUCACCAGUCAUUAUCUUUUUGCUUUGGGAUCUUAUAGAGGCCUGUAUUUGUUAAAUUGGGUGUAUCGUUACUAUGCAGAAAGUCAUGCUGAUCUAAUUGCUAUAGUUGCUGGUUUAGUACAAACAAUUCUUUAUUGUGACUUUUUCUACCUCUAUAUUACCAAAGUAUUGAAAGGCAAGAAAUUACAACUACCUGCUUAGCUGCAUAGAAGCAUUAUCAUUUGGAAAAUUAUAUAUUGCUCAAAGGAGCAAUAUUAUUAUCAAUUGAAUUUAUAUAAAUUUUGGCAAUAUCUAAAAAUCGAGGAAUGCUCGUGUACAAAGUAUACAUUUUAUUAAUUGUAAAGCAUUCCAUUUUCUCGUAUUUUCAACAUCACAAACAUCCAUGUAUAAUUUUUCAUCUUUAUCCCAUGUGGCAAUAUUUGUAUUUUAGAAUGUUAUCUUCAUUGAUGUUUUUCAGCAUAUUACAUCAUUAAAUAAUACAUAACAAAUAUGAUUAUGAUAAUUAUAUUAUUUAAUUAAAAUAUAAUACAUAAAAUACAAAAUAAUUGAAAAUGAAAAUUAUAAAAUUGUGAUUUCAAAAUUUAUUCUAUUUUUUAGAAAUUAGAAAUUAAUUGUAUUGAUAAUGUGUAUUUUAAACUUUUGAUAUAUUAAUUUUAUUUAAAUGAAAUUAAAUCACAUUAAUUAAUUAACAACGCAGAAUUAUAUAUUUUACUAAAUCGGUUACAUGUAUUGCUUCACUGAGAGUUGUUGAUCUAUCCCUUAUAUAUAUAAUGCCAUUUUCAAGACUAGUCGCAUCAACAGAAAUUAUGAAAGGAAUCAAGCAUGUAUUUAUAAUUUUUUCUGAAGUGGUUAAUAUUGUAUUUAGGCCCUUUGUUCUUAACAUGUUAUUUAAGUAAAGUACAAAGCGAUUUAAAUCAUCA